GUUCAUGAUAUUCACAUAUACAAUGUUCAUUUCGAAGAGCAGAAAGCAUCUGCAUUCAAGGGCAAGAGGCAUCUUCGCUUCCCCCGGCCGAUAUCCGGCCCUGAUUGGCUAGUGCCUUGCCAGCGAGGCAAACACGAGGCUGUAGUCGAGCCUUCUUUGUAUCACCAACCUGAUUCGACAAACUUCCGUCUCUUUUCUUUCACGAAUCUAUGGUCAAUACACUCAACAUCUCAGCCUUCGCAAGAUGAAUUCAUUCUCAUCUAACGACACAUGAUUCCAACGAUGUCUUUCACGUGCCCUAUAUGCCCCCAGAAGUUUGCAACCUGGGCGGCUUUGACAGUCCAUAUAUCUGACAAUGGCGAGCACGUUCCAUGCCCACAAUUAGACUGUAUUGCCGUCUUUCACGAUGAAGUCAAUAUGGAGAAGCAUUUUAAUAAGAUGCACAAGCAACCAAGCUCAGUUUCUCAUUCUACUACUCUGCAACCUCCUCCAAAGGGUCGGCCGAGCUGGAUACCACUUGAAGCUUUCGCACCGCAGGACGUCCCGAUACAAAGUAUGCCUCCCGGACUCGGACAAACUUCAGCAGAUUUAAGAUGGUCCGUGAUACCAGCAGCGCAAUAUUUGGAGGCGAUAACGAAGUUGAGGCAAAGAGUCCAUUCACACGAGCUCCUGGAGAAGCGAGGCUACUUCCGCUCCAGUCAAGACAAUCGAUUCCAGUCAGCGCCUCUCGCUGCCCCAUCGAUACUGAAGUAUUAUGCUGUCGCCCUCGAUUGCGAAAUGGUUGGAGCACAUGAUGGUGAAAAGGAACAAAGUGUGCUUGCGCGCCUAUCUGUUGUUGACUAUUUGACUGGGUUCACCAUCAUAGAUUCUCUUGUCCAACCCGACAUGCGAGUUACAGACUGGCGAACAAGAUACUCCGGCGUGACUCCAGCAGCUAUGCAUACUGCAGUAAGAGCUGGGAAAGCAAUACGAGGACACAGUGGGGCACGAGAGGCACUAUGGAGGUUUAUUGACAGCGAAACAGUGAUUGUUGGGCAAUCAUUACGGAACGAUUUCGAAGCGUUGAAGAUUAUCCACUCUCGUAUAGUCGACUCCGGUAUCGUGACAGCCGAAGCGAUCAACGUUCCAUCUCAGACACAAGUUGGACUGAAGGUCUCGUGCGCAGAGUUGCUGGGAAUUAGUAUUCAACAAGAUCGACGUCGAGGGCAUGACUCCGUUGAAGAUUCUCUUGCAGCAAGAGAAGUAGUUCUGUUCUGCUUGAAUCAGACAGAGAAGUUGGAGACCUGGGCAAAGGUCAAGAGAGAAGAGCACGCAAAGGCUGCGGCAAGACGCGAGGUGCUUGCAGCGAAACAGCGGGCAGAAAGGCGAGAAGCACUUGAUAAGAAGAUAGCUUGGAGUCGAGACCCAUGGCCGGAGGAACCAACAAGAGAAGAAGCUGCAGUCAGAACAGUACGCCUACCGCUUGCAGAGUCGCUGCUUCGAAUGAUAAUGCGUGUGAGCAAGCAAAACGAGAUGAUAAGUCCUCUCCAAGCUACGUGGGGGACCACGAUAUCACGAACCAGACAAGAGUGGAGUGAAGCGCCCUCCGAGAACGGAUAUGAUAGACUCUUCCCGAUAGUGAAACUCCCGCUGUCAAAAUAUGCAGAUGCCUUGGUACAUGACAAAAGAGAUGAGAAACUGGAUCAGGGAUGGUCGUUCAGCAAUAGCCAGGCAGAGGAGCAGUUGGACGUACACGCCGAAACUUCACAGACAAUACUUGAUCAGCCUCUCGAUUGUUCCGAGGAUGCCUUCUUGAUGGAGCCACUGAUCCCCUUUUCUCCAAGGCGUGAUGGAUGCUAGUUAAAGCGCAGCAGCAUGGAGUGGUAGGCAAUGGUAUGCCGUUGGAGGAUUUAUUUGCGAUUUGACAUAGCAUAGCGAGCGAUAGGGAAUCUUUCAUGAGCACUGGUCAAGACGAAGACAGUCCAUGCUGCAUAGCAUAAGAGUAUGUAAUGAUCACG